GCGCACUCCGCGCCCGCCCCGCGCCGUGUGGGAGAUGGCGCCCGGCGUGCUGGGCUGCGGCCGCCGGGCAGCGUCCGCUCCCGCCGGAGAGGCUCUGCUUCCUCUGGAUUCUGCCCCUCGCCUAGGCAGAACCCCACAGGAAGGAAGGAGAAGACAAUGGCUGCUGGGCCUCUGCCAUUGGGAGCUCAGCCUGCAGAUUAUUCAAACAAGCCAGUUAUAACCUUCGAUGGUAACCAAAGGUUACCUCACCCUCGUGUCACUACAAAGCCUGCCUCUCUCAGUCCUGCUGGUUCACCGUGUUCCUGAAUGUAACCCCCAUGUGACCCUGCGUGGCCUGUGGCAUCUUCCUCCCCCAGGCUGUGAGUAUAUGUGACUAAUAAAUUGCUGUUGACCUCAUCUGUCUAGUGUCAGAUGUCAUGUGUUUGGUCAUCUUGUACUAUGUAAAGCAGGGAUUCCCUCCCUCAUCAAUGGGGUUAAUAGGACGUGAUCAGAACACCCCUCUUCUUCUUCAGUGGGAAUCUAGGGCAGGUUUUAGUACCUUCCCUGUAUCUGCCUCAUACCAACUCUUCCAGUCCUUAACUCCCAAAGCACUUUGUAUAUUAUAUUUAUCUCUGAUUAUCUCAUAAUAUUGUCUAUUUUUGUUGCAGAUGUUUUAUUUGGAGGAUAGCAUGUUUUUCUCAUACAGAUGUCUGUAUCCUGUCCCUUCUCCUACUAGUGCUGCUGAAUUUUUCACUUCUCUCAGAGGGUCUGUUUGCAUAAUCCUUAGGAAAUCAGCUUUCCAAACCAAAUGUGAUUUCCCAGCUGGAACAAGAAGAAGUGAGCCUGAUGAAAAAAAGAACUCCUCCAGUGUGUCUUUCCAGAUUUUCUUGGAUAUUACUGCCAGAUUAACCUACCAUUUAGCCCUCUUACUCUCCCGUCUAAACCAAGAGGAGAAAGCAUCGACUGAGUACCCUGCUCGGCUCUUCCCCAGUCGUCAUCUAAUUUACUCGUGCUAACAAAGGGACUGGGAGACACGACUUGAAACCAAAGAGUCAACUCCAAAGCCCAGCAUUACUGAAGAUUUAUCCCAUGGGGUAAUAAUGGAAAGGGAAGGUCUCUGGCAUUCUACUUUAGGGGAAACCUGGGAGCCUGAUAAUUGGUUAGAGGGGCAACAAAAAAGACAAGACAGACAUCUGGGCCAAGUGGCAAUUACCCAUAAGGAAACCCUCAAUGAGAGGAGGGUAUGUGGAGGUAAUGAAUUUGAAAGAUUUUCCAGUCAGGGUUCAAUCCUGGAUACACAACAAAGCAUUCGUAUGGCAAAAAGGCCCCAUAAUUGGAAUUCACGUGGAAAAGAUGCCCAACAAAAUUAUGAGUUAACUAAAACUCAAAGAAUGUUUGUAGGAAAGAAAAUCUAUGAAUGUAAUGAGUGCAGGAAAACCUUCAGCCAGAGCUCAUCCCUUCUUAAGCACCACAGGAUUCAUACUGGGGAGAAACCCUAUAAGUGUAACGUGUGUGGGAAGCACUUCAUUGAACGCUCCUCGCUUACUAUACAUCAAAGAAUUCAUACUGGAGAGAAACCCUACAAAUGUAAUGAAUGUGGAAAAGCCUUCAGUCAGAGCAUGAAUCUUACUGUUCAUCAAAGAACACAUACUGGAGAGAAACCCUAUCAGUGUAAAGAGUGUGGAAAAGCCUUCCGUAAAAAUUCAUCUCUUAUUCAACAUGAAAGGAUUCAUACUGGAGAAAAACCCUACAAAUGUAAUGAAUGUGGGAAAGCUUUUACCCAAAGCAUGAAUUUGACAGUACACCGGAGAACACAUACAGGAGAAAAACCCUAUGAGUGUAAUGAAUGUGGAAAAGCCUUCAGUCAAAGCAUGCAUCUUAUUGUACAUCAGAGAAGCCAUACUGGAGAAAAACCCUAUGAAUGUAGUGAAUGUGGAAAAGCCUUUAGUAAGAGCUCAACUCUUACCCUACAUCAGCGAAAUCACACUGGAGAAAAACCCUACAAAUGUAACAAAUGUGGGAAAUCCUUUAGCCAAAGUACAUACCUUAUAGAACAUCAGAGACUUCAUUCUGGAGUAAAACCUUUUGAAUGUAAUCAGUGUGGAAAAGCUUUCAGUAAAAAUUCAUCUCUUACUCAACAUCGGAGAAUUCAUACUGGAGAAAAACCUUACGAGUGCAUAGUAUGUGGAAAACAUUUCACUGGACGAUCAUCCCUUACUGUACAUCAGGUUAUUCACACUGGAGAGAAACCUUAUGAAUGCAAUGAAUGUGGAAAGGCAUUCAGCCAGAGUGCAUACCUUAUUGAGCAUCAAAGAAUUCAUACUGGUGAGAAACCGUAUGAAUGUGAUCAGUGUGGAAAAGCCUUCAUUAAGAAUUCAUCCCUUACAGUACAUCAGAGAACUCACACAGGAGAGAAACCCUAUCAAUGUAAUGAAUGUGGAAAAGCCUUCAGCCGGAGUACAAACCUUACACGACAUCAAAGGACUCAUACAUAAAGGAAGUUCUCAUUGGCUCCUUCAGCAUGAUUAACUUUUAAUAAUAAUCAGAUAAGUCAUGCAAUGUAGAAACCUAAUAAAUGUAAUGAUUGUGAGAGUCUUUUAGUUGAAGUACAAUAUACCAUAUCAGAUAUAUACCAUACAGACCACUGCAGAGGAAUCAUAUAAAAGUGGAUAGAUCUUAAUUUAGAAGGCAAAAUUUAUGUUAUAUCAGAAUGUUGAAGUAGCUAAUGUUAUAAACAAUGAAGAGUCAUGCUGAAGAUAAGUUCUAUUAUAUUAUACUGAGGAUUCUGCUUUGGAUAUCAGAGACUUGACACUGGAAAGAAAAUGUGAGAGUGUUUAAUUGGACAGCCCCAAAAGACAUGGUGUGUAGUUCUGAUCUGUCACUAACUGGGUAAGUCACCUACUUUCACCAGGUUACAAUUUUCUUAUCUGGUAAAUAAGUGAUUUUGGAUUUAGAAGAUUUGCAGGAUCCCUAUUAACUCUAGGUGCUACAAACAUGUAAAUAUAAUGAAUGCUAGGAAAUUCUUGAACUUUUACUGUUACAUAGGUUGGCUAGAUGUUCCUAUUCCACAGUCUGGUUUCCUUGGAUGUUUUGAGUCCAAAUUCUCUACCUCUACCAAUUCCUAUUACCCUUCCAUAUCUCCCCUUCACCCAUUGUUAUUUUCUCCACUGAAACAUAGGCUGGUUUCUACAAGGUGAUGGAAUAAUUGUACAGAUAUUAAUGCACUAGCAUGCUGUUUUGAGUUCUCAAUCAUUAAACUGUUGUUAAAUAAGCUGAUUAUUUAGAAAACAAUAUAACUUAAAUAUAGUCUUUAAGUACAUAGGAAUCAAAUAAAUACAUAUCUUUGUAUCA